AAGUUGCACUUCAACAUAGCGAUUCCUGGAAGAUAACAGUCUUUCAGCAGCGCUAUAAACAAAAAUAAUAUAAACUCUUUAUAACUCUUUUUUAUCACUUCUGUGCUUUACUUCCAUUUCAAAAUGAAAUCCAUGAUCGCAGUUGUUUGCUUGGCUCUGGCGUGUGGAGCUCACGCUUCCGGAUGGGUUGGCCCACCAGCCAACAUCGCCCUGUCUCAGGACGGACGGAAUAUCUUGGAUACACCCGAGGUAGCUCAAGCCCGUGCCGCUCACCUUGCCGCUCUUAACCAAGCCUCACAAUCCAACCCCAACCCCAACGACGACGGAUCAUACGACCCCAGGUGGGACAACGAAGAGUACUGGCAAAACAACGACCAGAGUGGAAAAUGGAACGGUGGUGCCAAUCAGUGGAAUGGAGCUCAGGCUAACCAGUGGAACGCAGCCCCCGCCGGCCAGUGGAAUGGUGCCCCCGCUCACCAAUGGAAUGCUGGUCCAGCUCCCGUUGCUGAAACCCCUGAAGUUGCUCAAGCUCGUGCUGCUCACCUCGCUGCCUUGAACAGCGCCAACGCUGCUCCCGCUCACAACCAAUGGAACGCCCCCGCUCACAACCAGUGGAACGCUCCCGCUCAAAACCAAUGGAACGGUGCUCCCUCAUGGCAAGGACCCCCCGCCCAAAUCCGUCUCGCCCAGAACGGUGCUGGAAUCCUUGAGACCCCUGAAGUAGCUGCUGCUCGCGCUGCCCACUUAGCCGCCCACGCUCAGGUCCAACACGCUGCCCCAGCUCACCCCCAACAACACUGGUGAAAACCUUUAUCCCUAUCCCUUCUUUUUCUGGUAGACUAGACUUCUCUAGACUAUCACUUGAAUUCUCUUAUUGAGAGUCAGAUGAUAUUCUACAGAUAUGUCUGAUUACCUUCUUCUUUUCGAUCUCCUUUUCUUUAGAUAUAUUUUUCAAGUGUUAGUGCGUCUAUAUCUUCUUCUUCUGUAGCUUUUUGUUACCUUUCACUAAGAAAAUUCUAUUUACGAUCAUUUUUGUACAUAAUAAAUAAUUAUAUGUAUGCAUAAAUGAAAUAUAUUAAACAAAUACAAAUAUA